AUGUUGUGUUGGCAAAGCCAACUUCUUGGGUUGCGGGCGGAGAAGAGCGGACGUGGGGACUUAGACCGGGGCGCAUAUAUAAAUGGAUUUUGGGGGGGGGGGGGAUUUGCUUCUUCACAAGCUUAUCCCCGCUCCGAUCGGCUGUUGCUGGGUCUCUCCAUCUCUGCCCAACUUCCUCCGGUCUUCGGCCCGAGCUGUAUGAGGCAGAAACUCGCCCCACGUACGGUUCGGAGGUCGAGCCCCACCCCAGCAGUAAUGUUGCGGCUUAGGUCAACUAACACAAAGAAGAUACAGUUCACUCAACGAUUGCCUUUGGGUUCCGAACUCCAUAUGGGGAAGGAGCGUUGUUGUUUCCGAGGUCUCGAUCAUUUACAUGGACCCACUUCUCAUUCCAUUUGUGGGAAUUUGAUGAUCUAUAAACCGUUCCUAACGAACGAUCGCCUCAUGUUUGAGCAUGAUGAAUCACUUUGUGCUGACCUGUUGCCAAUAAACUUUCCGGCCUCAUAUGAUAAUGGAAAACUGGAAAAUUUUCUGUAUCAGUGGAUGAAGAAUCGCGAAGAUAAUAAUUUAUGGUUGACCAUGUUCCCAGAAAAAAGAUACUUUAGAGAAACAAGGAACACGACUGAAGUGGCUAUACAUACAAAUCCAUUUACGGAUAGAUAUGCUUCGAUUGGAACUGGAAGUUCCAGAACAGGCGGCUGGUAUACCACCAUAAUGAAACUGCUUUUUUUUAUUCUGAUAGGAUUUAUCUUGGCUUCGUUGGGAGGCUCGCGUAGUUUGUUACGUCAGCUCCAAAAGGAUAAGUUGCGUUGGAAUCGAGAAAGUUUAGUGGAAUUCAUAAUUGCAUUAAUAAAAUAAAAGGAGUCUUCAACCCUCUUAAUCAAUGCAGUAUCCUCUAACGUCUUUGCUUGCACGACUUUCGACCGGGACCGAAAGAGGUUUCCUCGUAGCAUCUUUCCACACAACAUCGGUUCUGACUCUUACCUUACCUUUCUCGCGAAAAAAGUAUAG